AUGAGUCUCCUGACCUCACCGGUUCUUCAAUGUCUUUACUACGAAGCCCAAAACCACGAUAUUGAGUAUAAGGCGAAGAACUUUUGGCAAAACUUUUUGAUACAGGAAUUUCCGAUCCAUCAGAACUAUCUUGUGAACUCUGAGGAAGUAAAGCGAAAAGGGACAGGCGAGCUCAAAAAGGUGGAGGAGCAGCUUCGGAAAGGAGCCAAGAGAUACCUCGAGAAAUCUGGUGAGGAAUUUGUGUACGGCAUGACGGGCUGGGGAACGAAGGCCCGCGUCUGGAUCAUUGAGCGAAGUGGAAACCACUACCGAAUGAGGCACCUGUACUUUGGAUCUGACGGCGAAGCUGACCGGUCCUCCUACGUCGACGCCAACGAUGACUACGCCUAUUACAUUUCAUGCUUCGUCGCCUACCUCAAAGGGGAAAAUCCACCCCAAAUGCCCGAGUCACUUCAGCAAGGGCCAAGCGCAGCUUAUCAGCACUAA